CGAAGAAAAUUUUGGAAACCCCGAUUUUUUUAAAGAUGGCUUUUCCUCGGAACCGUAAAAUUUUGAAAUUUGCUGGUACUCGUACUUUCAUACAGGCCGUAUUUUUUUCUCAUACUCGUACUAUGUACACAGGUACGAGUCGAAUUUUGUAUGAGCUUCCAACAAAUGCUCGAAACUUUUUCCUUAAACGUCUAUGUAAAUCAAAGACUUUUCCACGCUAUAAUUAUUCAAACUAAAAAUUAUUUAAAAUAAAUCCAUUUUUGCCCCUUUUUCAAUUUUAAGAUUACAUAAAAUUAAAUUUUAUUAAAUUUUAUUAAACAAAAUUCCUUAAUGGAAAUUGAUAAUUCUAAAAAACAAGACAACAUUACUGAGAAUAUUUUAAAAGAUGAAGGUAAUCCAAAUAAGGAGCCUUCUACUCAACCAAUCGAAAUUGUUGACGAAACUUCACAUCUAGAUAAUAGUCAAGAAGCUCCAGAAUUGGAGAUGAGGGAAGAAGUUAAUGCUUCGCCUAUACAAGGAGAUAGUGAUCUUCAGAUAAUCGAAACAGAUGUUUCUACUAAUGAUCUUUCUUUGGAUGAGCCAAUUCAAAGUACGGAAGAAAUGAAGAAAAUUAUUUUAACUCAAGGGCAAUUGAAACUUUUGGCUACCUCAGAACUUUAUGUUUUUCGGCAAACAGUAAUUGGAGCUUUUGUUCGUGUUAACAUUCCUGGAUUGCCUUCGAAUUAUUCUGAUCGUGUUUUUAUUGACCAAAUAAUUGAUAUAAUCGAACCUUUGAGUUUCCAACAUCUCUGGAUUGAUCGCCAUUAUCGACUGCGCUUUUUGGGUGAUUUUGAAAUUGAAAAUAUCGUUAGUUUGAAGGCCAAUCAUGAUAGUGAUGUUCGUCCAUGGUUUGAUUGUAUGGAGGCUAAGGGCGAAAUAAUUCCAACGCUUCGUUUUGUUCGCCAGAAAGCUAAUGAAAUUCAAACACAAUUGGACACUCUUUCGGCCAAGCAAACUUUGAAAGAACUUGACAAGCAAAAGAUAACUUUUACACGUUCAAAUUUGUCACAAAUUGCUUUAAAUCCUUCAACUCUUCGAAGUUUGUCAAAAUUGGGAUUUGAAAGAUUUCGUCAAGUGGUUGUAGGAUGUUUUGUUUGUAUGACAGCAAUUCGUAAAAAUAAGCCAAAAGACUGUCAAUAUCAUAUUGUUCGAGUUCUUGAUUGUGUUAAAGGGCCUCGUAAUUACAAAAUUAAAAAUGUUGCCAGAGUUAAUUAUCAAUUGGUUUUGCCUUUCUAUGGCCGGUAUAUUAUAAAUUGGAUGAAAAGUUUUACGACUGUUACUGAACAAGGAUUUCGAAAUUGGAUUGAAGAUAUGAAGGCUUGGGAUGAAAAAUUGCCAACAUUGGAUGAUAUUCAAAAUAAAGCUGCUGAACUUCAACUUGCUUUGAAUGAAGCAGAAAAUUUGCCUUCAAUGAUGGAGUUGGAAAGAAUUCAGAAAGAUGAGGAAGAAAAAGCUAAACGUGCAAAAUUGCCUGUUAAAACAGCAAAAGAUUUGGAAAAUUGUGUUUUAAUUUGUGAAUAUCUUCAAAAAUUGAGUAAUUUUGAGGAUUCAGAACCAUUAGUUAAAUUGUUGACUGGUUGUUUUGUUCGUUUGACGUCCUCAGGUGGUUCUGAAACUGGCUUUGAGCUUGAUAAAAUUAUGAGUGUCAAAUUAAACGAGCAAAAAAAGAACAGGCCUGCAGAUAUUGUUUUGGAAUUAAAAUUUAUGGGAACUGUUUCCUUAUCUGCACUUAUUCGUCUUGUGAAAUGA